UGUGAAAUCUCUGUCGCGCCUUUAAUACCGACCUCUGCAUCCAACCCCUUACCUUCGCCUCUCUCUCUCUCUCUCUCUCUCUCUCUCUCUCUCUCUCUCUCUCUCUACUACUUCUAGAUAGAGAAAGAGAAGCUGUGGACUUCCCUUCCAUUAUUAAUUUCCAUGGGGAAUAAUAGAAACUAGGUUAAUUUACCAAAAUUCCAGGGACGGAGAGAGAUUGUGUAUUUGCGAUCCAUGGCGGAGGAUGCUCCGGCUCCGCCUCGUAGGGUUCUUAUCAUCUCCGCUGGAGCCAGUCACUCCCUCGCUCUUCUCUCCGGGGACGUCGUUUGCUCAUGGGGACGAGGAGAGGAUGGGCAGUUAGGCCACGGUGAUGCAGAGGAUCGACCUUCUCCAACACAGCUGAGUGCUCUGGAUGAGCACCAAGUUGUCUCUGUUACCUGCGGUGCUGAUCAUACCAUUGCUUAUUCAGAGUCACAGAAGGAGGUCUAUAGUUGGGGAUGGGGAGAUUUUGGGAGGUUAGGCCAUGGAAACUCUAGCGACUUGUUCACUCCACAACCAAUCAAAGCGUUACAUGGCAUUCGGAUAAAACAGAUUGCUUGUGAGGAUAGCCAUUGUUUGGCUGUGACCAUGGAAGGAGAGGUGCAGAGUUGGGGACGCAACCAGAACGGUCAACUUGGUCUCGGGGGCACAGAAGAUUCUUUGGUACCUCAAAAGAUUCAAGCUUUUGAGGGAGUACGAAUCAAAAUGGUAGCUGCAGGUGCUGAACAUACUGCUGCGGUUACUGAAGAUGGCGAUCUUUAUGGAUGGGGCUGGGGAAGAUAUGGAAAUCUAGGAUUAGGUGACAGAAAUGACCGCUGGGUGCCUGAAAAAGUUACCUCUGCUGGUGGUGAGAGGAUGGCAAUGGUUGCUUGUGGAUGGCGACAUACUAUAUCUGUUUCUUUCUCUGGUGCAUUGUACACUUAUGGUUGGAGCAAAUAUGGUCAACUAGGACACGGAGAUUUUGAGGAUCACCUUGUUCCUUGCAAGCUGGAAGCCUUGAGCAACUGUUUCAUAUCUCAGAUAUCAGGAGGUUGGAGACACACCAUGGCACUGACCUCAGAUGGAAAGCUGUAUGGAUGGGGUUGGAAUAAGUUUGGACAAGUAGGAGUCAGUGACAAUGUAGAUCAUUGUUCUCCUGUGCAAGUGAGAUUUCCCAAUGACCAGAGAGUAGUACAAGUCUCUUGUGGAUGGAGACAUACCUUGGCUGCCACCGAACGAAAUAAUGUGUUCUCGUGGGGAAGAGGUACAAAUGGACAGCUGGGCCAUGGAGAGUCUGUUGACAGGAACUUCCCAAAGAUCAUAGAGCCUCUGAGCGUGGAUGGAGCGAGUGGGCAACAGAUAGAAUCCUCAAACUUCGAUCCAUCGACGGGCAAAAGCUGGGUGUCACCCUCAGAGAGAUACGCAGUUGUUCCUGGUGAAACUGGUCAGACGGAACUGUCAGACAGCGGUAACGGAGGCGAUAUCAGUGUCCCGCAAAGCGAUUUCAAGAGGUUGCGAUCUUGAAACCCAUCAUCGGACCAGGCGUUCAAGUAAACUCCAAUCAGGGCCUUCUCAAACGAGGUAAAAGCCGUUUGAUUUUUUUUUUUUUAAAGUCGUGUUAAAUGGCGUUAGUGUUAAGUCCUUUGUCACGAUGGCCAACGUCUGUUCUUAGAAUCCACAAUCAUAGGUUCAAUCCAUCUUAUUUGCCAUUCUAA